GUCCCAAAUAGGCCCGCCCAAGAUGUCCUGCUUCACGAGGAGCGCCAUGCUGCGCUUCCAAUCCCUCCGCGCGCCUCUCUCCCGCGUCGGCCUCAACAGCUUCCACGCGACACCCCUCCACACACUCCCCCAACGCCUCCCCCUCACGCGUACCUUCACCAGCACCAUCCGCCUCGCCGCCAAAAAAGCAUUCUCCAAACCCCUUCCCCCAAAGCAAGCCGUCAAACCGCCCUCGGCCAUCCCCGCAACCCAAACCUACCAAUCCUACACCGCGAAGCUCGCCUCCCGCCCAACCCCAACACCCCUCUACAUCGCCCCCUCCCACACCUUCUACAUCCUCGCCGCCUACACCGGCGCCACCUUCUGCAUCGCCUACGCCGGCUUCAGCUACUACGCCAACGUCUACGCGCCCCCCAACGGCCUCUCGGCAUGGGUCCCCAUCGCCUUCGCCGGGAUCUGCUUCCUGAUGGCCGGUAUGGGCGGGUGGCUGCUCUUCGCGCCUACAAGCCUAAUCCGCUCCAUCACCGCAUACCCCGUCAAGUCCCUCGUGGCUAACGGCCAGCCAACCCUCCGCGUCGACAUCGAGCUGCGCAAGGUCCUGCCGAUCCCCUUCCUUGCCCCCCGCGUCAUCUCCACCUCCCCCACCGACCUGCAGCUGAAUCACAGCAUCUACGUCCCCCCCGCGCGCCCGGCAACAGCGUCAGAGCGUUUUGAGGUCGCGCGGCUCGAGGCGGAGGCGCGGGAGGCGGAGAGGAAGAAGUCGAUUAUGUUGGCGCCGUUUAGGCAUGCGUCGCAGGCUUUCUUUGGGAUGUUUGUGGCGAUUAAGAGGACGUGGACGAGGGAUGGGUUUUUGGAUUUGAAGGCGGGGAAGAGGAGGUAUAAGUUGGAUAUUACGGGGGGGUGGGCGCUGGAUGAGGGGAGGGCGUUGGAUCGGAUUUGUAAAGUUACGCCGAGUUGAGGAGGAGGGGAAGGGUAUGAGUGGGAGUGUUGUUUGUAGUAGGGAUGGGUUGUAAGGAUUAUGGAGAUGUAUCAUAGGAUUGUAUAGCACAAACAAAUUCAAACCAAAUUCACAAGUC